AUUUGAAAAAUAUGACACUGUUUCAACGCAAGCUUGGUGCCGUUUUUCUCCCUUUCUCUGGUUCGCAAUGCGCGUGCGCUCUGCAUCCAUCUGUGUACCACACUUCGAGGAAUUUGUAAGCUUAAAUAAAGAUGCUCGACGUCUCGGCUCCGCGGUGCCUUCGAAUCGGCGAAACUGAUUUAUCCUGAAAGGAAAACAGAAGAGCAGAACUCAAUAUAGGAUUUUAACACACCUUUCCACAACCCAUUAAAGUCAUAGUGUAUCAUAAAUCAAUUCCAGCUAUGGAAUUGAAGAAAUCAAUUUCUGAUACCGAGCGCUCAUUGAAGAGCUACGGCUCUGUAUCGGAAACGGAAUGGACAAAAGACAAAGGUCAGUCAGAUGUGUCCAUGGCAGAGAGCAUCAUGUCUCCAGAUGAGAUUGAAGUGGAGAUGGCUCGCAUCCAGCGCCUCAGGGAGGUGCUGGUAAGGAGGGAGUCCGAACUGCGCUUUAUGGCGGAUGACAUCCAGCUCUGCAAAGACAUCAUGAGUCUGAAACAGGAGCUGAGGAAGGUGGUAACUGUACCAGAGAGAGAGAAGACCAAGAAACAGAGACAGUGGGAGGAGGAGUUGAUCCUGAAAAUCCAUAAACUGGUGCAGAAGAGGGAUUUCCUAGUGGACGAUGCAGAGGUGGAGAGAUUAAGGGAGCAGGAGGAGGACAAGGAGAUGGCUGAGUUCCUGAGACAGAAGUUGAUGCCUCUGGAGAAGCUGGCCAGAGAAGCUGCCCAAAAUCCCCAGAAGCCCAAGAGACAAGUCCCUGAUCCUCCGCCCACCAAGCCGACCAUCACCAAGUCCAUCACCAUCAUCAAGGACUGCUGCGGAGCCACCCAGUGUUGUAUCAUGUAACCGUGGUUACAGAGGAGUUGAGGACAGUACACCCUCCCAUUCACAGCACCACCCUAGUAACAACAACACAGUCACACUGUACAUCUGUCACCUGACCUGGUCUCUUGGUGUCAUAUCACCUAUAGUUACAUCAUUUCCUGUGAUCCAGAGAACCCUGGUGCAAAAUGGACACCCAUAUAGAGGUGAUAGAUGGACAGGCAUGGCCACAUGUAAAUACAGUAAAUGAUGGAAAUGAAAUACGUGGCACUAUAUAAUGUUAAAAGGCAAUUGGAAAUUGAAUAUAUGGGACCUGUACAGUAUUGUAAGCAAGCAACAUAAGCUACAAUUACAUUUCAAUUGAUCAUUUAGGGACUCAUUA